AAAAUGAAUGCAUAGAAGAAGAGUGUAAGGAAAAACUAGCCGUUUGUCUUUGCAAUAAAACUAAGAGUGUUCCUUGUACCUCUCACCUGACACUUUUGCCUCCAUUUUUUUGUUCCCAACACAAAAAAGAUUCCUCAACUCGCGCUCCUUCUCAUCAUCAUCACGUGCUUUUUCUCAGUUCAUUCAACUUUUCCUCACUCUCUCUCUCUUUCUUCACUUCCCAUUACAAAAUCCUCAUUCAACUCUUGUCUCUCCUGUUUCAUUCCAUGAUCUGUUGUUAUUCUUGGACACUCCUCUCUCCCUUCUCUGACAAUACAAACAUAGUGUCUUAUGGACACUACUACUAGAGAGAGGAAGAAGAAGAAGAACACUAACCAAAUUCUGCAACUUGGGAUGAGAAAUGCAGCAGAUUGGUGCCAUUGCUUUUUCUGGGUAUUCUGCUUCUGGCUUUUUCUACUUCCUGUGAAGACUGUGUUGUGUGAAGAAGAGCGUUGGGAUGGGGUGGUUGUGACACAGUCAAAUUUCUUGGCACUUCAAGCAUUCAAGGAAGAGCUGAUUGAUCCCAAAGGCUUCCUGAGAACUUGGAAUGGUAGCAGCUAUGGAGCUUGUUCAGGAGGUUGGGCUGGGAUCAAGUGUGCUCAGGGACAGGUUAUUGUGAUCCAGCUUCCAUGGAAGGGGUUGAAGGGGAGAAUCACUGAGAGGAUUGGCCAACUUGAAGGGCUAAGAAAGCUUAGUCUUCACAAUAACCAAAUUGGUGGUUCAAUCCCUUCAGCAUUGGGACUUCUCAUCAAUCUAAGAGGGGUUCAAUUGUUCAACAAUCGGUUAACAGGGUCUAUUCCUCCUUCAUUAGGUUCAUGUCAUCUGCUUCAAUCUCUAGACUUAGGUAACAAUUUUCUCACAGGGACAAUCCCUGAUACCUUAGGGAAUUCCACUAAGCUUUAUUGGCUUAACUUGAGCUUCAAUUCCUUCUCUGGUCCAAUCCCAACUAGCCUAACUCGCUUAACUUCCCUCACUUUCCUAUCUCUUCAACAUAACAAUCUCUCUGGCUCUAUUCCUAACUCAUGGGGUGGUAGCUUGAAGCUUCAAAAUCUUAUCUUGGAUCAUAACUUCUUCACUGGAAGCAUUCCUCCUUCUAUGGGUACUUUAAGCGAAUUAAGAGAGGUUUCUCUCAGUGGUAACCAGUUUAGUGGUGCUAUACCAAGUGAAAUAGGAAACCUUUCUAGGCUUAAGUCAUUGGAUUUAGAGAAUAACCACCUUGGCAAUCAAAUCCCAGAAGCUUUAGGCAAAUUACAUAAUCUUUCUGUUCUGGUUUUGGGUAGAAACCAAUUUAGUGGCCACAUUCCUCAAAGUAUUGGAAACAUUUCAAUGCUUACACAGCUUGAUUUGUCACUGAAUAAUCUCAGUGGAGAAAUUCCAGUCUCAUUGGACAAUCUAGGUAGACUUAGUUUCUUCAAUGUUUCUCAUAAUAACCUCUCUGGUCCAGUUCCAACUUUACUUGCUCAGAAAUUUAACUCAAGUUCAUUUGUGGGAAAUGUUCAACUAUGUGGGUAUAGCCCUUCAACCCCAUGUCCCUCCCCAGCUCCUUCUGAAGUUCCAGGAGUCAUUGCUAAACACCAUCACCAUCACAAGAAACUAGGUACCAAAGACAUAAUUCUCAUAGUAGCAGGAGUGCUUCUUGUGCUCCUAGUUACAAUCUGCUGCCUCCUGCUCUUCUGCUUGAUCAGAAAAAGAGGAACAUCAAAUGCAGAGGGAGGCCGGGCGACUGGGAGAGCUGCAGCUACCAGGACAGGAAAAGGAGUCCCUUCCAUUGCCGGUGCAAGUGAAGCCGAAGCUGCGGCCGCCGGUGGUGAGAAUGGUGGUAAGCUGGUCCAUUUUGAUGGGCCACUGGCUUUUACAGCUGAUGAUCUCUUGUGUGCAACAGCAGAGAUAAUGGGAAAGAGCACCUAUGGAACAGUGUAUAAGGCUACAUUAGAGGAUGGAAGUCAAGCUGCAGUGAAAAGAUUGAGGGAAAAGGUCACUAAAGGUCAGAGAGAAUUUGAAUCAGAAGUCAGUGUUCUAGGGAGAAUUAGACACCCAAAUCUAUUGGCACUAAGAGCCUAUUACCUGGGACCCAAAGGAGAAAAGCUUCUUGUCUUCGAUUACAUGCCUAAAGGAAGUCUUGCUUCUUUCCUACAUGCUCGUGGACCUGAAACAGUAAUUGAUUGGCCAACAAGGAUGAACAUAGCACAGGGCAUGGCUCGUGGUUUGCACUACCUUCAUUCCAAUGAGAACAUUAUACAUGGGAACCUAACAUCAAGCAAUGUCUUGCUUGAUGAGAACACAAAUGCUAAAAUAGCAGAUUUUGGUCUUUCAAAGUUGAUGACAACUGCUGCUAAUUCUAACGUGAUUGCAACUGCUGGAGCACUGGGAUACAGAGCACCUGAACUCUCAAAGCUUAAGAAAGCCAACACAAAAACUGAUGUUUACAGUCUUGGUGUGAUCUUGUUAGAACUCCUAACAGGGAAGCCACCUGGUGAGGCUAUGAAUGGUGUGGAUUUGCCUCAAUGGGUUGCCUCCAUUGUCAAAGAGGAGUGGACGAAUGAGGUUUUCGAUGUGGAGUUGAUGAGGGAUGCUUCAACAAAUGGCGAUGAGUUGCUAAACACGUUGAAGCUUGCUUUGCACUGUGUUGAUCCUUCUCCAUCAGCACGGCCAGAGGUUCAGCAAGUUCUCCAUCAGCUAGAAGGGAUCAGAGGAAUGUCAGCAAGUUCUGGCGAUGAUGGAGCCAUGCCUUCCACUAGUGAAUAAAUUAGGUGUCAAGCAUUAUGUGUGACAAUUUUUUUUUCUUCCUUCUUUAGGGGUUAACAUUGUAGGGUAGAACAGUAGUGUAUUAUUAUUCUUUGAUUCUUACAUUGAUUUUUGCCUUUUUGAGUGCUCAUGUCUUUUGUGCAUACUGCUGUUAGUUUUAAUUAAGUGUUUCCUCUUUACCAUACAGUGUAUUGCGAAAGUGAAAACAACAGGCAAGUGAGUGCAAUCCUAAAUUAACAUAUUGAAAUUUUAAAUUCAAAGAAUUUGAACCAUUCAGUUGA